GUGGGCCUUGCUUUUUCUACAAUAAAGAACCCUUGAAUGUCAAGGGAAUCAGUACAAUCGCAUAUGCACCUCAGAGAACGUGACAUACGAAUCCCCCAUAGUCUUACAGUCAUGAACGCACAGAGAAAGAAGGAGGUGUUGGAUCUAUUAACCAAAUUACUCGCUACUCCCACAGUUGUGCACGACAGAAGGAAAACAGCGAAAGUCAGAUACCUCCCAUUCGUCAAGGCUAUCAUCAAACAACCAGUAACCCCAAGACAAUCGUCCGCUGGCGUAUUCGACAUCUUUCCACUUGAGAUACGACAGGAAAUAUGCAAGCACCUCGACUUCGAAAGCAUAGUAAAGUUUAGUCAAACAGGCUACGCAGCAAAGAGCAUCGUCGACUCAUUGCUUUCCUUAACGGAGAUUACGUCAAAAGUUCCUCAGUUCUUGAAGGCUAUGGCUAAACUGGGAUUAUUGCAUGUCCAAUCGAUAGCAACCAUAGCUCAAGUAUUAAGCUCAUCCUCUUGCGACUUCUGUCCAAAUUUUGGUUCUUACUUUUUCCCCUUGACUGGUAAUCGGUGCUGUUUCUUCUGCUUGUCAACCCAACCAGAGUUUUCCCUCCUACGCAAAGACCAGGCAAUCAAAUACUUCGGUUUAUCUUCUAUCGAAGGCCUGCCAUCUAUCAUCGUAAAGAAAUUUUGUCUCGGAGUUAAAACUAGAAGGACAGAGUUAGCCGAAUGUGUCAGCGCUCAGAAAGUCGUCGAUAUGUACUAUAGCAGAAGACAUAAAACAAUACAACACGAUGCUGCUUCCGAGGAUCAAUUACAGUCCCCCCAACACGGCCUAUGUUGGGACCUACAGCGGCGUUGUGAUUCCUCUUAUGCAGCAGCUGUUGCGAUCCCAUUGCUAAGAGAUUCCAUAUGGCCCCGUUACAGUGGAGGAUACUAUUGUACACCAUGUAUGAAGUCUUGGCAAGGACCGAAACAUUCCUAUCGGCAUUGCUUUUUUGUAGUAAGCGCAAUGAUCCCACGAUAUGAGGAUGGUUCAGCAAGAGAGACUGUAGAAGGAAGGAUGAAUAUCCCAGCUAGAACGAUGGAUGAGCAUCUUGAACAUACAAGAACUUGUUCGAAAGCUCAGAAAGCUCGAUUACGGCAGCAAGAUCUCAUUUCAUGAAGAAUUUGAGUUGAGAGUUUAGACAAUACCAUUGCAUCAUUUCUUCUCGAUUGUGAUGCAAACAAGGUUCGCUUGGGGGAUAAACAUGUUGCGAUGGGGAUUUUGGGCGAGGCAGUGGAUCAAACGGGCUUUUUGCGGGUAUGCUGGCAUACGUCCAGCUGAAGUUUUAUGAAUAUUUAAGUUGGGAGAAAUUAUUCGGAAGAUACGAACGUGUUGAGGUUCGCAGUCAGUAGGGGUAUUUUGACAGCACUGGAUGUUCUCUCCUCUUCGAUAGUAUUAUAAAGAUAAUAGUUUGAGCGACGAAAAUUACUUUCA